AUGCGUUGGGUUGCCGCCCCCUCGUCCUCCUCCGCACCCGCCAAUCCCUCGCUCGACAGCUGCCUGGUGCUGUGGCCAAUCGGGCCCGCCCUCGUCGAGGCACUCGGCGCUUCCUUCCGCGAGGUCGCCUACUUCCCGAUCCAAGGACCCGACGCCGACCUCGACGCGCCUCGCCCAGUCGCCUACGACUACGCGCGCGCCGACGCCAUCUUUGCCUUUGCGCUCCCCGCCGAGCUCAAGCACCCGCGCCAGACGCCUCGACUCGCGCUCUUCCAGUGCUGCUCGGCCGGUAUCAGCCACCUGCAAGAGACGGCCUUCUACCAGGCGCUCGGGCCCGAGAGCCAGGUCGUUUGGGCAAACGCGAGCGGGAUCCAGGCCUCGACGAUCGGCGAGCAUGUCCUGGGCACGGUCCUCAUGCUCACACACAAGGUCCACUACCUGUACCUCGAGCAGCAGGUCAAGCAGCGGUGGGUCCCUCACCGCGAGCUCGGCGGCACCUUCAUUCGCGAGCUCAAAACGCUCACCGUCGGCAUCGUCGGCUACGGCAACAUCGGUCGCGAGACGGCGCGCCUCUUCUCGACGUGCGGCUCGACCGUCCUCGCCCUAACGCGCUCCGGGCGGCCCGAGCCCUUCCCCUCGUCGUCCUUCUCGCUCCCCUCGACGGGCGACCCCUCGGGUACGCUCCCCGCCGCGUACUACUCGACGCAGCAGCGCUCGGAGCGCCUCGCGUUCUUUGCGCGGUGCGACGUCGUCGUCAACACGUUGCCGGACUCGGCGGCGACGAGGGGCUGCUUUGGCGACGACGAGUUCAGGGCCAUGAAGGGCGAAGCGAUCUAUGUCAAUGUCGGGAGGGGGUCGACGACCGACCACGACGUGCUUGUCGAGGCGCUCAGGGCUCAGCCGGGCGAGGGAGAGGCGCGCGACGCGGUCGGGACGCUGCGCAUCGGCGCUGCGAGCCUCGACGUCGUCACCCCCGAACCCCUCCCUUCCUCGUCGCCCCUCUACCGGCUUCCGAACGUGAUCCUCACGCCGCACUCGGCGGCGCUCUCGGCCGAGUACUGGCACCGCGCCGUCCUCGACGUCUUUGCGCUCAACGUCAAGCGGCUCCGGCGCGGCGAGCAGGGCGUCAACGUGUGGCGCGCGCCGACGACGGCGAGGGGUCCGGCUUGA